AGAAGGGUUAGAAACAAAAUGCGUCGGACUCAGUAGUCUGAACACUGUAGUUCUGGGUUGUAGAAAAAGAGAAAGGAGAAAAUCAGACUAGAACGAGUUUUCUACAGGUCGACCAAAGCAGAACUACUCAUCUACUACACAAAAGAGAAAACAUGUCUCAGUUGGUAUUGGAGUUUCUAGACUGGUUCAUCCAGGCCAUUAUUGAUAUUUUUUUCAGAGAGGUUUCCGUGAGGGGCACGUUCAAUUUCCCGGCGUCCGGACCAACGAUUGUGGUUGUGGCACCACACGCCAACCAGUACUUGGAUGCAGCUAUCACGAUCCACGCUGCACACGUUGUGGCAAAGAGACAAGUGUUUAUGAUCGAAGCGGCCUCUUCCUACCGUAGCAAAUGGAUGGGUAUUUGGAGCAGAUGGUCCGGUGCCAUUCCCGUCGAGAGGCCCCAGGACUUGCUGGCUCUUAAGGAAGGAACAAUCAAGUAUGCGAACUAUGCCGAGGAUGAACUAUCCAUUGUAGGAAAAGGCACCCAUUUCCUCAGAGACUGUGGGCCUAAAAGCCUGUUGGGUAUGCCGAACAGCGGCGGCAAUGCGAAGAUCGCCGAAGUGAUUAGUGACACAGAGCUCAGAUUGGCUGCUCCCAUGAAGAAGCAGUCUGGUAUUGAUGCGUUGAAGAGAGGAACCAAGUUUUUGGUUGCUCCGAGGAUCGACAACCACCAGCUUUUCAACAGUGUCUUUGAUGCGCUGGAAGCGGGUACCUGUAUUGGGAUUGCGCCCGAAGGAGGGUCUCAUGAUAGACCGGAGUUGAUGGAGUUCAAACCCGGUGUCGCUAUCAUGGCUCUCGGUGCUGUUGCCAAGAACCCUCACAUCAAUGUUACAAUAGUUCCUUGUGGUUUGAACUACUUCCAUCCGCACAAGUUCAGAUCUAGAGCCGUUGUAGAAUACGGAACUCCUAUCGUGAUUACCAAGGAGAGAGCUAUGGAGUACAAGGAAGAUGCAAGAAAGGCUGUCAACAAGUUGAUGACCGAGAUUACCGAUGCCAUGGAUAUUGUUACGACGCAGGCACCAGAUUACCAGACCUUGCAGGUCAUCCAGGCUGUGAGGAGAUUGUACUCUUACGGCCGGUUCAAGCGUCCUCCUUUACCUGUUGUGGUGGAGAUGAACAGGAACUUGCUGACUGGUUACAACAAAUUCAAGAACGACGAGAGAAUUGUUCAUUUGGAAAAAUCGGUGCUUGCCUACAACAAAAAGUUGAGGACUUUUGGAUUGAGAGAUCAUCAAUUAGAGACAGCCAAUGAAAACAAGUUUGAGAUCCUCCUGUUGUUGAUCCAUCGGAUCUUCUCACUAAUUUUUUUCACAAUUUUGAGUCUGCCAGGUACAAUUUUGUUUUCUCCGAUUUUCAUUGCAUGUUCUUUAAUUUCGAAAAAGAAACAAAAGUUGGCCCUGGUGAAAUCUUCUGUCAAGAUCAGAGCCACCGACGUCCUAGCCUCAUGGAAGGUUUUGAUUGCCCUUUUCUUUGCUCCUGUAUGUUAUUUCCUUUACUCAACAUUGGGCGUGUACAUAGUGUACCACUAUGAGUUAUUUCCAAGUAUUGGUGGAUCCCUUUUUGGAGUAUUGACAAUGUUCUGCACUUGCUGGGCUAUUUUGGUGGGCACCACCUAUUCUGCAUUUAGGAUGGGAGAAGUGGGGAUGGAUAUCUACAAGUCUAUAUCCCCGUUAGUACUAGCAUUAACUUCUUCAUCCGAGCAGCUGAGCGAACUGAAGGAAGAACGGAAAAGACUUUCGAUUGAAGUGACCGAAGUUAUCAACGAAUUGGGCCCUAAGGUCUUCAAAAAGUUCAAUGAGGGCUACUUGCAAAAGUUACAAGACCAGGUAGAACUGGAACAGGAGAUAAUGGACUCGAGGUCAAGGUCAAGAUCCAGAUCCCGUUCAGGAUCCAGAUCUAGGUCAAGGUCCCAAGCAGAUUCGGGGUCAAAAACUCCUGCUUUGAGUCGAACAAACUCAAACUUCUCUGGGUUCUCCAGUUUCGAUGGUGAAAACGAUGCUGGAAAGCUACCGAACUUGUCUCACGUCUCUGUUUUCCCAGACCACCUGCAGUUUUCUGACAGUGAUCCUCAAUCGGUUUCUUCCAGCAUGGAGAACUUGCGUACAUCUGGACAAAAUACUGCGUCCGGCGUGUCUUCGAGCAUCUUGAGUGACAAGAUCAGACAAGCCGUUAUCCAACGAAACAUCGAGAAAGAGCUCGAUGGCGAAGACAAGGAUUAGGUUUUUUUUUACCGUUUGUGCACUGAUAUCCACAAAAACCACGCCACAUUAUCACUUAAAACUUUAUAAAUACUUUAAUAAACCAACUUUCAUGAUAAACUUCUUUUCUG